GCACAGGUCGUCAGAGCAUGCGGAAGUGACGUGGGGGCUCACGAGACUCGCAUUAAACCGUCGGGAUUAGAUCGGAGGACAGUCGAGCGGAGCUCAGCCGAGUUAAACGGUGCAAAGAGAAGAAGAGAUACAUUGCGGUCGGUGGUAGAAGCAUCUUGGGAAAUGAGUGUCAACUUCUCUGGAGGUACAAACUGUGUGUCAUAAACCCCAGCAGAAUUCAUCUGUAAAGCCUCACCGCUCAUUUCCUGUUGGGUGAGGAGGGCGUCUGCCCAUGCACACGCACGGCACAAUGGGAAGCUCCCCAGAGGUGCUGUCCUGGACGUCCUGUCCCAGCCUGCUGGUGGGGAAGCUGAAGGAGGAGCUGAAGCUCACGGUCGCCGGUGACUCCGUGAAGAAAACCAACAGUAACAUUUCUCCACAAGCGCUGCUUCCACCGGCGCCUCCUCCACCACAGAUCAUCGCAGACCUGGCUCCACCCACCACCCUUCCCAUGCCGUUACAACAGCUACAGCUCCCCUGCAGGGACGAGGAGCUGGGCGGCACCAGCCCUCCGUGCACAGCCCUCAGCGAGGACUCGACGCGGGAGCAGGGACACUUCGACAACAGCGUGCUGCAGCUGCAGGAGCACGAGGAGGUCGAGACGCCAGGGUCCUGUGGUCAGGGAGGCUGCGGAAGUGGUGGGGAGGAGAAAAAUGAGGAGGGUGGGUGCCCGAUGGACCACAGUGGGGACGACACACACCACCAUCCUCAUGACGACAUCAAACUGCACUUUCAUAGAGCCGGGACGGGCAGUGGCGGAUUCCUGGAGGGGCUGUUCGGAUGUUUGAGACCCGUAUGGAAUAUUAUCGGGAAAACGUACUCGACCGAGUACAAACUUCAGCAGCAAGUAGACAUGUGGGAGGUGCCGUUUGAGGAGAUCUCUGAGCUGCAGUGGUUGGGCAGCGGAGCUCAGGGCGCCGUGUUCCUCGGGAAGUUCCGCUCCGAAGAAGUUGCCAUCAAGAAAGUCAGAGAACAGAAGGAGACGGAUAUCAAACACUUGCGCAAGCUGAAGCACCCCAAUAUCAUCAGCUUCAAGGGUGUUUGCACGCAGGCCCCGUGUUACUGCAUCAUCAUGGAGUAUUGUGCUCAAGGGCAGCUCUACGAGGUUCUCAGGGCCGGUCGUAAGAUCACGCCGCGGCUGCUGGUGGAUUGGGCCUCAGGGAUUGCCAGUGGCAUGAACUACCUGCACCUCCACAAGAUCAUCCACAGAGACCUCAAGUCACCAAAUGUGCUAGUCACUCAAAAUGACAACGUGAAGAUCUCAGACUUUGGAACAUCUAAGGAGCUCAGUGACAAGAGUACAAAGAUGUCAUUUGCGGGUACGGUGGCCUGGAUGGCUCCCGAAGUGAUCCGGAAUGAGCCGGUGUCAGAGAAAGUAGACAUCUGGUCAUUUGGUGUGGUAUUAUGGGAGCUGCUGACCGGUGAAAUCCCUUAUAAAGAUGUGGAUUCAUCUGCUAUUAUCUGGGGUGUGGGGAGUAACAGCCUCCAUCUGCCUGUGCCGUCCACCUGUCCCGACGGCUUCAAGAUCCUCAUGAAACAGACCUGGCAAGGUAAACCUAGAAACCGCCCGUCCUUCAGGCAGAUCCUUCUUCAUCUGGAUAUCGCCUCGUCUGACGUUCUCGGGACGCCACAGGAAACCUACUUCAAAUCUCAGGCGGAGUGGAGAGAGGAGGUGAAGAAGCAUUUUGAGAAGAUCAAGAGUGAAGGCACCUGCAUCCAUCGACUGGACGAGGAGCUCAUUCGACGCAGAAGAGACGAGCUCAGACACGCUCUGGAUAUCCGAGAGCAUUACGAGAGGAAACUGGAGCGAGCCAAUAACCUUUACAUGGAGCUCAGUGCUAUCAUGCUGCAGCUGGAAGUGCGAGAGAAAGAGCUGCUCAAGAGGGAGCAGGCCGUGGAGAAGAAGUAUCCCGGCACGUACAAACGACACCUGGUUCGACCCAUCGUACGGCCCAACGCUGUUGAGAAGCUCAUUAAGAAAAAGAGCAGCAUGAACCAUAAGCCCGGGACACAACAGCCAAAGAGACCGGAUCUGCUGCGCUCCGAUGGCAUUCCCAGCGUCGAGCCUCUCCCCGCUCCGUCCCCGCUGUCAGGAAGCCCAAAAGUGUCCACCCCGCCUGGGAAAACUCGCUACCGCAGUAAACCCCGUCACCGGAGGGCCAACAGCAAAGGAAGUCACAGUGAGUUCCCAGGAGCCCUCAAGUCCAACUCGGUCCCGUCGGAGGAGCAGCAACCCCUACAGGAGCAAAGCUACCAUCACCAUCAUCAUCCUCCGCCCGAGGGGCCGCUGUUACCAGUGCAGAAUCGUGAAAACGCAGUAGCCACCUGCGCCAACAACCUGCGAUACUUCGGCCCAGCCGCUGCUCUCCGUAGCCCACAAACCGACCACCUCCAGCGGAGGCUGUCAGGCUCCAGUCCCGAUCUCAUUUCUACCGCCGUGGACGCAGAUUCGCGCCACCGCAGGUCCUCUAUACCUCCGUCCGCGGGCUCCGGUCCGGGGCCGCUGUGUCCCUGCUGCCAGGCGCAUCCGUUCCCCGGCUGCAUGCACUGCCAGGAGACGCCGGCCGCUCCCAGCCACCCCGAACUCCCGCAUUACUCGCUGCUGAGCACGUGCGAAGGGACGCCACCCGCCGUCAAGAGGGCGAUGGACCCCACGGCCGAGGGCGAAGGAAAGGGAGAGCAGCCGGAGCAGAGAUCUCAGAGAAGAAGCUCAUCCAGCGGCCUGCUGCACUCGCUCAGACCCCUGAGAACCGCGGGAGACGAGUCGUCUGAGGAAGAGGAAGGAGAGGUUGACAGUGAGGUGGAGUUUCCACGCAGACAGCGGCCUCAUCGCUGUAUGAGCAGCUUUCAGUCGUACUCCACCUUCAGUUCGGAAAACCUGUCGGUGUCUGACGGCGAGGAGGGAAACACCAGCGAUCACUCGCACAGCGGCCCGCUGGAGCAGCUCAGCGCCAGUCAGGAGGAGCAUCUGGACGAGCUCCUGUCCCACACGCCUGAGAUCCCCAUUGACAUCUCCACGCAGUCCGACGGCCUGUCCGAUAAAGAGUGCGCCGUCCGCCGGGUCAAGACCCAGAUCUCUCUGGGCAAAUUGUGUGCUGAUGAGCACAGCUAUGAGAAUCCUCUGCAUUUCAGAGACUCUGACUGCGACACGUCGGACGCGGAAUGCUCCGACGCCACCAUCAGGAACAAACAGCCCUGCGCACCUUCAUCCUGGUGAGCGCGAGCCAUCGGAGGAAACACGGCAAUAAACCACGCCUGCUGUAAACAGCCAUGACCCGUCUGAUCAGCCCUUCCCAUAAUCCACCUCUCUCUCUGAGCAUCUCAGGCAGAUUCCUCUGAAGUGAUAAUGUAGCUAGAGUAACACGCAUAAUUUAUUUUAUUACGAGCUGGAGGAAACGCAAAAACAAAAAUCAGGAACUCGAAUAACGACAACAACGGAGCAUAAAUUCAGAGUAUUAGCGCUGAAGUGUUCAAAGCAACUCAAAACUAGUUAGCUAGCUAGUUAGACCAUGAUUGAAGUCUGCAAGAAUGUGUGUAUAUAUGUCCGUAGGUUCGUGAGCGAAAGUGUUAAGUGCGUAGCUUGAGGAUCCAUUCCACGACGGGACCACAGACACACGGGACGCCACGAAUGACGCGUGUCUCUGGCCACCUGCUACUUCCUGAGUUUACAGAAACGACGCCCCUUCAGGGUAACUUUAGUUUGAGCACCAGCAGGAACGAUGUCCUUCCUUGUUUCUUUUGCCCUUUUUGACUUCCAAGACGUGUGGAAAUAUCCCAGCAUGCCUGCUUGGUCGGCAUUUGAUCAGCCAAUCAGACUGCUGCUGCUGCUGCUCGCCUCUACGGACGAAUAGGAAGUCAAAGAACAACUGCUCUAGCGGAACGACGUCUAUAACGAUCAAAUCAGUGUUUGAAACAAAACCCGAGCAGCUUUUUUCUCAUCUCAGGACUGUGUUUGAAGAGACGCUGCGGACGGCCGGAGGAGAGCGGGACGCUUGGCGUGCGAAAGUAUGACAUCAACCCGAAAGAGUUUCUUUUCUUACGUCAUCUUUAUAUUGACGUGACGACGCUGGUCAAAAGAUUGGAAUGAUAAAGAUUUUUGAUAAAAAGUCUCUUCUGCUCACCAAGGCUGCAUUUACUUGAUCAAAAAUACAGUAAAAUCAGUUAAAUUGUGAAAUAUUAUUAUAAUUUAAAACAACUGUGUUUUAUGUGAAUAUAUGUCAAAAUGUAUCCGUUAGAUUUCUUCUUCCAUUUCUUCCGCUCUUUAGUCUAUGGCCGUCCAUAGAACCGCUUGUGGGACAGUUAUGUAAUUUGGCACACUGAUAGAGGACAGUCUCAACAUUAACCAUAGCAAGUUUGGAGUCUCUAACUCAAACUACAUUCUAGAAGGAAUGAUUUUUUCCACUGAUUCCUUGGCUCAUGCCGAUUCGAAUGAAGGUUUUGUUUUUGCGCUAAUUAUUAAUAGUUCAUAAAUCGUACUUUUUCGAACUCGUCCUAGAUGGUUUGUCUGAGUUUUCACCGAAUUUGGCUCACGCCAAUUCGAAUUAACGUCAAAAUGUAAAAAUUGUAAGGUUUUUUCAUUAUUAUUAAUAGUUCAUAAAACAUACUUUUUCAAACUCAUCCUAGACACUUGGUCUAAUUUUCACCAAAUUUGGCUCAAUCAUCUUCAGAUCAUGAUGGCAAUAAGUUGCAGGAAGAAAGUUGAUUACUUAAACGUUCUCAAAUAACGCACAAACGAAUUUGGCAAAGAGCCCGCAAAAAUGGAUGUGAGGCUAUAUCUCUGCAAUGGUUUGCCGUAUUGAGACCAAACUUGGUGUGCAUUAUAAGAAGCAUGACCUGAGGCUACCUGCACAGUUUCUGCACAGCGCCACCUAGUGGUGAUAUGAAAAAUGGCUAUUUUUGCUUAUAACUUCUGAAUGGUUUGGCCAAAAAUCACAAAACCGUAUCAGCACAUCGUUAUGAAAAUCCGUAUACAUGUUCAACGCCAUGAUCUGACAGUCCUCAAAAAGUCUGGGGUGGCAAAAAGUUAUAAAGAAAUUUAAAAAAAUGCUAAUAACAUUUAAUUAAAUUGGCCUAUUGUAAACAUGGCAUGCCACUCCAUUUUGCCUCUGAUUGUGCUUGGCCCAUUAAUUGUUGCUUGCAGCUAUUUUUUAUUCCUGUGAUCAAAGCUGAAGUUUCAGCAUCAUUACUCCAGUCUUUAGUGUCACAUGAUCCUUCAGAAAUCAUUUUAAUAUGCUGAUUUGCUGCUUAAUUAUUACUGGUGCUCAAUUUUAAUAAGAGUUGUUAUCAUUAUCAAUAUUGAACACUGUUUUUACUGCUUAUUACUUUUGUGGAAACAUUUAUUUAAAACAACAAAUGUUGCAAUCUUUUUGUAACAAAUAUCUUUACUAUCAGUUUUCAUCAAUUUAAUACAUCUUUGCUGAAUAAAAGUAUUAAUUUCUUCUUUUUUAACUUGAAAUAAAGCAGCACAAUUGUUUUUAACAUUGAUAAUGAUCAGAAAUAUUUUUCGAGCAACAAAUCAGCAUAUUAGAAGGAUUUCUGAAGGAUCAUAUGACACUGAAGACAAGUAAUGAUGCUGAAAAUUCAGAUUUGAUCACUUGAAUAAAUUACAUUUUACAAUAUAUUCACAUUGAAAGCAGUUGUUUUAUAUUGCAAUAAUAUUUCACAAUUUUUAGUGUACUUAUAAUCAAAUUAAAAUAGGCUUGGUGAGCAUUAGAGACUUUUUCUAAACAAUAAAAAAUGUAAUUUUCCAGUCUUUUGAGCAGUAGUGAUGAUGUUCUGGAGAUGCAGUGUCCCUUUAGAGUAAAAGGGAUCGUUUACCCCCAAAAAACACUGUAAAAUUCAUGUUGUUCCAAACCUGUUUGACUUUUGCUCUUCCAUGCAACCUGUAAAGCUCCAAAAUGACCAAAAAAAUCACCAUAGAAGUAUCAUAAAAUUACGCCUGUGUUCCAUGCAACAAAGUCACAGAGGUUUAGAGCACACAUGAUGACAGAAUUGUGUUUUUUGGUAAAAUGAUCCCAUCUGUAACGUGUACGGUGUGGUUCUGCCGGUGUUUGUGUGUUCGUAGCGUGCCGUUCACGGAGACCGCAGAAGCACAGACCUUUAAACGAGCCUCGUUUGUUUAAGGGUCGCGGGUGAAUCAGCAAUAACGUCGGUUUUGCGCUCAGGCUAUUGAGAAUCAUUCGCUCAGGAUGACUGUCUAGCGGGCUGGACAGACGUGAGAAGGCGUAAAGGCGAGUCGGAAACUAAAGUGCUUUGUAAAAGACCUCUAUUUUUGCAGAUUUGAGUUCGUUAUUUUUACACGUCGGAGUUUUUUUGAGUAAAAAAGAAAAAGGCAAGAAAAAGAAAUGGAUUUCCGUGCUUUUUGCUGGUUUAAUGCUCAGGUUCAAUGCUUUAUAGUGCAAAAGAGUCUCCGCUAGGGAAAAAAAAACAAAACGCUUUGUUUGUCUCUUCCGCUGCAUUUAAAUCCCAAACCGGAUGAAAUUGCAGUGUGAACGUACUGUAGUCCGUGUGUAAAUUCUUCCUCGCAAAUGUGUUUUUAUUUGUCGUUUCCUUGCGAAAGGGACACUGCAUCGUCCGGCAUGUCUAUAUUUAAUUGUUGCAUUCAUAUUUACCCUGUGUUUAGAUAUUUAGAUGUUAUAGUACUAGUUAAAAUGCCUCGUUCAUCAUCAGUAAAUGCAGCCGGAUGUGUUUCUGAACCGGAUACGGCAUGUGAAAUCAACUGUGAAUGGUAUUAUUAUUUUCCGACAUCUUACUAAAAGAAGCCUGCGCUAAAACUUCAGUAUCACUGAAUUUGUGAGAAAUGCUGUGAGUUUGCAGCAAAUGAACAAAGCAGAGGCCACUGGAAACAAACUUUAGGUCAACAUGAAACCAAAAUUGAUUCUUUUUAACCCUUAA